AUGGGACCCCUCCCCAUCCAGCUGUCCCCUCUCCUCCUGCUGCUCCUCCUGUUCCAGCCCUGCGCCUCCUUACGGCCCCAGCUGGUGGAGCGAGCCUCCACCCCCGAGCAGCCUCAGUCCUCUGGAAACGCCUCGGUGUCCGGGAAGCUGAAGUGUGCCGGCGAUGUGGUGUGUAAACCGGGCAUCCUGCUGCCGGUGUGGCUCCCUCUCAACCCCCCGGUGGGGGAGCAGGCGGGGAGGGCUGUCGUCUACUUCCUCUGUCUCAUGUACAUCUUUCUGGGCGUGUCCAUCAUCGCAGACCGCUUCAUGGCAUCCAUAGAAGUAAUCACCUCUCAGGAGAAAGAGGUGACCAUCACCAAACCCAAUGGCGAGACGACGGUCGCCACCGUGCGAAUCUGGAACGAGACGGUGUCCAACCUCACCCUCAUGGCCCUGGGCUCCUCUGCACCUGAGAUCCUGCUGUCUGUUAUAGAGGUGUGCGGACACAACUUUGAUGCCGGCGAGCUCGGCCCGGGCACCAUCGUGGGCAGCGCCGCCUUCAAUAUGCUGGUGAUAAUUGGCCUGUGUGUGAGUGUGAUCCCAGAGGGAGAGUCCCGCAAAAUCAAGCACCUGCGAGUGUUUUUCAUCACGGCUUUCUGGAGUAUUUUCGCCUACAUUUGGCUCUACCUCAUACUGGCCGUCAUCUCACCUGGGAUUGUUGAGGUGUGGGAGGCCGUGGUCACGCUGCUCUACUUUCCCGUGUGCGUCAUGCUGGCGUGGAUCGCCGACCGUCGCCUGCUCUUCUACAAAUACAUGCACAAGCGUUACCGGGCCGACAAGCGGCACGGCAUCGUGGUGGAAAUGGAAGGAGACCUGGCGCCCAAAGGCAUCGACGUGAUCAUGGACGGAAAGCUGUCAGACGGCGCUUCCUGUGCCGGAAACUCGGCCGGCGUGACGGUCUCUGUGCAGACAGGAAACGAACUGGAUCAGAACAAAGAGGAGGUCGUCCGCAUCCUCAAAGACCUGAAGGAGAAGUACCCGGACAAAGACCUGGACCAGCUGAUCGAGAUGGCCAACUACUCCGCCCUGGUGCACCAGAAGAAGAGCCGCGCCUUUUACCGCGUCCAGGCCACGCGCAUGAUGAUCGGCGCCGGGAACAUCCUGAGGAAGCACGCGGCGGAGCACACGCGGCGCGCGGCGGAGCGGGACGAGGACAGGGCCACCUGCUCGCACAUCUGCUUCGAGAGCGCUCAGUACCAGUGCACGGAGAACUGCGGCUCCCUGACGCUGGGGGUCGUCCUGGACGGCGGCACGGGCCACAACACCUUCUAUGUGGACUACUGCACAGAGAACGGUUCUGCCAACGCCGGCGCCGACUACGAGUUCGCAAAGGGAACCCUGGUGUUCAAACCCGGGGAGAAGCGCAAAGAGAUUAAGGUGGGCAUCCUGGACGACGACAUCUUCGAGGAGGACGAGCAUUUCUUCGUGCGUCUCCAGAACCUGAGGUUAGAGGAGGGCGGGGCCGAAGGGACGGGAACCCCCCCCGCGGGGAGACUGGCGGAGCCGCUGCUGGCCACCGUCACCAUCCUGGACGACGACCACGCCGGCAUCUUCACCUUCGGCGAGCAGGCGCUGCGAGUGCGGGAGAGCACGGGCACGCUCUCGGUGAGCGUGGUGAGGAACUCGGGCUCCAGGGGCACGGUGGCCGUGCCCUACCACACCGAAGACGGCAGUGCCAAGGCGGGGGUGGACUACGAGGAGAGCAGAGGGGAGCUGGAGUUCACCAAUGAGCAGACCAGUCAGACAUUACAAGUGCGCAUUAUCAACGUGGCGGAGUACGAGAAGCAGGAGAACUUCUUCAUCGUGCUGGAGGAUCCCAAGUGGCUGAAGCGCGGCAUCUCUGGUAACCCCACUCCGGAGGAGGAAGAGGCGAGGAGGAUCUCCGAGAUGGGCAAACCCAUUCUGGGAGAGCACAGCAGGCUGGAGGUCAUCAUCGAGGAGUCCUGUGAAUUCAAGAGUACCGUGGACAAACUCAUCAAGGACACCAAUCUGGCCGGGGUGCUCGGCACGCACUCGUGGAGAGAGCAGUUCAUCGAGGCGGUCACCGUCAGUGCAGGUGAUGGAGAUGAGGAGGAAGGCCAGGAGCCGCGGCCGCCCAACUGCUUCGACUACUUCAUGCACAUACUGUGUGUUUUCUGGAAGGUUCUGUUUGCUUGCGUCCCGCCCACCGAGUACUGGAACGGCUGGGCGUGCUUCAUCGUGUCAAUCUGCGUCAUCGGCUUCCUGACGGCCAUCAUCGGAGACCUGGCUUCUCACUUCGGCUGCACCGUAGGCCUGAGAGACACGGUCACCGCCGUGGUCUUCGUGGCUCUGGGGACGUCCCUGCCGGACACCUUUGCCAGUAAAGUGGCGGCCACGCAGGACCAGUACGCAGACGCCUGCAUCGGAAACGUGACGGGAAGCAACGCCGUCAACGUGUUCCUGGGGAUCGGGGUGGCCUGGUCCGUGGCCGCCGUGUACUGGGAGGUCAAAGGGCAGGUCUUCCGCGUUGAUCCCGGCUCGUUGGCCUUCUCCGUCACGCUCUUCACCAUCUUCGCCUUCUUCAGCAUGGGGGUGCUGAUGCUGCGCCGCCGGCCGUCGAUAGGCGGGGAGCUCGGGGGUCCGCGGGUCCACAAGAUCCUAACCUCGCUGAUCUUCUUCGGACUCUGGUUCCUCUACAUCCUCUUCUCCAGCUUAGAGGCCUAUUGCCAUAUUCAAGGCUUCUGA